AUGGGUGACCAAGAACUAAACAUUAAGCUAGUUGGAGCAGUGGAGAAGCAUGAAGCACUUUACAAUUACAAACUCCCAGACUAUGCACGGAAAGAUGUAUCGGAGAAAGCAUGGAAAGAAGUGGCCGCUGAAGUAAAUAUGACAGUGCAAGAUUGCAAAGAGAAGUGGAGAAAUCUACGAACCGUCUUUAUGAGAAGAAUGAAACCUUCCCCUAGUGGUUCUGGGGGGAAGAAAAAGGCAUACUACUUGGAAAAUGCCAUGCAGUUUUGUCUGCCAUUCAUAAAAACAGUUACUCCCCCCUCUCCGGGAAAUAUGCCUCCACCACCCAGCAAUACCCAGUCUACAGUUCCUGAAAAUGAAGGUUCUGAAACCCAAAUUGAUGACCCCAUUCAGUUGGAAAUCGAUCCUACAGACGUAGACCACUUUCCCCCAGAAAUGUCACCCUCAAUUUUAGAUCAUCCCCAACAGGCCGUGGAAAUACAAUCCACAAGUUCAACAUCAAGUAAUAGGCCUACUUCUCAAAUCCCUAAGAGAAAAUCCAAAAGUGCUGCGACCAUAGCAGACCAAACGGUAGCGGAGUACUUUAGGGUAAAAAAGGCAAAGCUACUAUCAAAACUUGAGGCCGAUACCAAUCAGAAUAUUGAUCGACAGCAGGGGAUCAAUAUGUUCCUGCUCAGCUUGAUUCCUGAAUUAGAAGAAUUAAGUGAUUCGCAAAUAAAACUUUUCAAGCGACAGGUGUUGAGAGUGAUUGAUGAUAUAAGUCUCUCGGGACACCAUCAGCAGCAGCCACGGUCCUCAUCAGGCCUCACCAUCCUCACCUCACCGACGAUGUCCGACUCAAGAGAGUCACAAAUAGACUUGACUCACAUAUGUAUUCGUCGUCCUGGGUAUGACGUUAAACUGCCUUUCCCAUCCUUUCCCGUUAUCCUUAAUCCUAUCAAUCCCUACUCACUCCUUUCCGACUGUUCCGCUUCGUCACCCGCUGGCGGAGUGCCCCAGCCCUAA